CUGAGGAAUUCAAACUAAUUGUUCGAUCAGUUUAUGUAUAAUGUCUUUAGUGGGAUCCAAUUCAUCGUUUAAUCAAAAUGUGGACACAUCUUCACAGCCAGGUAGCCAGGUUAAUGGUCAACCUGUAGUACUUCCUUUUUCUCGUGCUAGCAAUAUAACUUAUAAGGGCAAUAGUUGUCCGAUAGUGUACGUAGUGCAUAAGAUUAUAGCUAUCCUAUCUCAACACAACCGUGCGCUUCAUACGUUAGAAGUGGAGAAGGCUUUGCGCAGCCUUGGUUUUAUGGGUGUUGACAUUUGUACAAAUAAGGAGCUUUUCGAGUCUUUACUCAAGGUUCAGCGUAUAGAGUUUGAUGUUGUAAGGAAACGUCUUCUAUACAAGAAUCCUUUUGAAUCAGUGACUGAUUCAUCCACUUUAGUGGACUAUAUAAACAAGAACUACUUAAUCAAGGGAUUGCGUGUGAACAAUGAAAUGUUAAACUGCAAUCCUAAUAUGGCCAAAUGGAUUGACGAGGCCUUAAAAAAUCGCAAGUUACGUGCUGUACGCUUAACAGUGUCUCAUAUCAAAGGGAAGUACAAAUGCCGUUAUGCUGGUAAACCCAACCAGUGUUCCUUGUACACGGUGACCAAAUGUGUAGAAUGCAGUACCAACUUCAAGGACGUCUUGCUCUUUCCUUUGGGUAAGGAGCAAUAUGAGCAAGAUCGUUUAAAUUUCGCUUCUGAUAUAAAGGAUUUGUGGGAUUCCGUGACCCUCCCACCAAUAGAGGACCUGCUGAAAGAAUACAACAUGAGCCAUGUUGAGCGGACAUUCAUCAAUGUACCUAGUGGUACUGGCGGUAGGCGCCAGAGAAAUAAACAGGGUAUUGCUGGCAUCAAGAUGCGCAAGAUUUACAAUACUCAUUUGUUUACUGCUCAAGAACUUUCGGCAGACAUGUCUAGGAACCAGAAUAAUUAAU